AACCAAUCUGUAAACGCUUAACAUGAUGUACGGCUCCAAAAAUAGCAGCACCGCAUUAUUUAAGCAGCACUCAGCACUGAGGCUCCAGCAUUGAUUGUUAGUGAUCAGUCCCUCUAGAAGUCGUCCUCUGAUGUCACCCAGACCCGCCUGGAGAAGAUGCACUGCCUGAGCAGAACACCCCGGUCUUACCUGCUCAACUCCUACAGUGAUGUGAAGGAGAGUGAUGAGAUUAGGAGGGAAUGGUACGAGGCCUCCUGGCUGGACCUGGUGAUGGAGACCAGGCCUGAAUACAGGAACACCCUCACCGAAAAAGACUCGUCUCGAAAGGAGAGUUAUGAGAGAAAGCAGGUGGUUCAUUUCGUGGUGCGCAGAUUCCCCAACCAGACCUUGUGCAUUGGCCAAGAUGGGAUGAAGAUGCGUGAAUAUCAUCUCCCCUACAAAAACGUUCUCCCUAUACCCAUCUUCGUGCCCCGGGAUGUCACGGCUCUGCGUGAGGCAAACCAGGAGCCACCUGCUUCCCAUUUGCAGUCAAUCAUGGACGUUGAGAAGAGCUGGAAUGAGAAUAAAGAACCAGAGUGUGAGGUGAAAGGCAAACCGCGGGUAAUCGAACCCAACAAGGAGGAAUUCAGGAUGUCUGGCCUCUUCUUACCGCCAAGGGAUUCAGCCCAACGCUCAUGAUGUGGGCCAUCUGCAGAACAGCUAUAUUACUGUUUACAGCUGUUUAUACUAGAGAUGUCCAGAUCAGGUUAUUUGCCCCCCAUCCCCUCCCUCCAACCACCUGUUUAAGUUUCUUAAUGCUAAGUAUCUAUCGAUACCGAUCUGAUCUGAUCUUUGUGUUUGUAACAUUAACACAGCCGCUCAGAUUAGAUAAGAUGUGCUGCUGAUUAUUAUUGAAGCUGUGACAUUUUUACAAUUACUGUAUUAUAGUGUGUUUAGUGGUGCACAGUCUGCAUUUAAAUAUUUUGUUGUUAAGAUGAAUAUGCUAAGAUUUUUAGGGGUUCUAUAGACUAUGUAUGUGGGUUUUUUUUAAAUAUUUUUCCCAUUUUCUCCCAACUUAGAUACUCAACUGUAUAUCCUCCAUCACUAGUAACGCCACAACACAAGAAGGGUGAAGGCCAGCACAUCCCUCCUCCGAUACAUGUGAAAUCAGCCACCACCUCUUUUCAAAUUGCUGCUCAUUCAUCAUUGCCGAGUAGCAUCACAGUGCACUCGGAGAAAAGCACAGCGACUCGGUUUAGAUACAUCAGCUAACAGGCGCCUUGUGCUGAUCGACAUCACCCUCUGAAGUGAUGGGGAAAGAGGGCCAUCUACCCACCCAGAGAGAGCAAGGCCAAUUGUGCUCUCUCAGGGCUCCGGCAGCUGAUAGCAAGCUGCAUGACUGGGAUUCGAACCAGCAAUCUCCCGAUUAAAGUGGCAUCACUUUAGACCGCUGAACCACUCAGCACCCAGGUUAGCCUCCUCUCAGUUCUGAAUGUGCUGGUGGUCCCACCAGUAAAAAACACCAUUUCUGUGAUAAAAUUAUUUAUAUUCAGAUAUUCUGUAAAAAAAAAAAAAAAACCUAAACAAUGUACCUUCUGAGAACUCUUCUCAGUGCUGCCAGCUGGGCUGUAAGGGCACCAAAUGGCGCUCUGAAUACCAUGGUUAAACACAUGAAACUGGAUUCAUGCCAAUGCUCAAGCCCUAUAAAUUGAUUGAUUUUGAUCCCGAAUCGUUGGAUCAGAUCUUAAGAUCCAUAGGCUACACCCCUCUUGUUGGUGCUUGACAUUGGGCAUGGCAAUCUUAAGCUUAUUUUUGUCUGCUACAGAACUUUCCAUUAUAUCGCCAAUGCUUUUUACAGGGAUUAUACAUGUAUAUGUUUAUUGGUGCAGUCAAACACCUGUAUGUAAGAAGUGUCUGGGGUUUCAUAGAAAGGUAUUGUAUGUUAUGGCACAUGGUAAACCAGUUUUACCCUAAGAUGUGAGGACUUUGUUGGUAUUUUGGUUGUGUUAUUUUGAAAGGCAUGCAGUAAGUCAAACGGUUGUGUACAGGAUAGUAAGCCUCUAAAACUGGAUUCCUUUUACUAAGGGAAGAUAUAUUCUUUAGUGUCACUUUGGCAGGUUACUACACACUGCUGAGUCACGCUAAAUUAAAAUGAUGGUUCCAAACUAAUUCAGCUCUAAUCAGGCUGUAUUGAGACACAAGUGGAAAUACAAAAGCAGGCAAAAAGUGAGUUCUGAAUAAUAUAACCCCUUUUAAACCAGUGUUUUCCAACCCUACUUUCACCUACUCUACUACUAGGCCUGAGGUCAGCAUAGAGGGGCAUUAUAUCAGAGUGGAAUGCUACCAUUCUAAUACAAACACUGCCAUCUAGAGGAAAAAAUCUGCAGAUUAUAAUAACUAGGCCAACGUUACACAACAUUACACAGUUGUACAAAAAUUAUUUAAUUUUAAGAAUAAUAAAUGUUUUUGGUAUGUGAAUGAAAAUACUGACACAUUGAUAUGCCACCUAAUAAACUUCAAAAUGUAUAAAAUCAA